AUGGCCAAGGGCCGCAAGUACGAGCCGCUAGAGAAUGGAGGCGAGGGCGGCGGCGACGAAGGCUACGCCGCCUCGAUGCGCCUCCAGGCGGCGGAGAGGCUCGAGAGGCGCGCGAAGCGCUUCAUGUACGUGGCCGUCGGGCUGCUCGUCCUCUCGCUCUUUGCGCUCAUGGGCGCGGCGGUCGUCCGACGGCCGUCGAUGCUCGAGUGCGACCAGAUGGUUUCGCCGUGGUCUUCGCUAUGGCCGGCUGUCGAGCACACCGAGGGCGACUUGGUUAAUUACUUCAACCACACGUCGAUAUACAGAGGGCCUCCGAGCCUGGAGCGCGAGACGGCCUGGAAUUCGCUGUGGUACCACCACGCAAUGCCCGUCAGCAAAGAGGGCAUCUACGCCCUCAACAGGACCGACCCCGACCUAUACUACGAAGUCAUUGGCAGCGACCCCGAGGAGCCUACCUACGGAGCCAUUGCCGAAGUCUUUCACCAGCUCCACUGCCUGAACCUCAUUCGUCAGCACAGCUGGCCGCUCGAGCAGUUCUCCAAGGACUGGGGCGAGCUGUACCCCGACUUCCUCUGGGACAACCCGGUGCUCGGCCGCAUGCACGUCGACCACUGCUUCGAGGCCCUGCGCCUGUCGCUCAUGUGCUACUCGGACAUCACGCCCGUGCUCAACGAGCACUUUGACGACCCCGACUUUGACCGCAAGGCCGACUUCAACACGCACCACAAGUGCCGCAACUUUGACCGCAUCGUCGAGUACGUCGAGGGGCUGGGCUACGAUAUCCCGCCGCCGGCCGCUCUGGUCAACGAGGAGGAUGAGAAGCAGCAGCAUGGCCACGGGACGAGGCGCUUCGUGACGCCGGUGAAGCCGAGAGGGGAGAGAUGA